GAGAGAGAGAGAGAGAGAACCUCUGUUCUCUGCCAUUUCUCUCCGAGGCUGGCUCGGUCCUGCUGCCGUGGUUCAUGUUGACUGCCCAGAGUCCAUGAACUAGCCAGACCUUUUCGGCCCCCCCAGAUCUAAGAGGCUAAAGAUCAAGGGCUGUUGGGUUCCUUCCUUCAAGGUUGAUGAGCCAUGGCUUGCCACAGCUUUCUGCUGGAACCGAUCACUUGCCACGCCUGGAACAAGGACAAGACUCAGAUCGCCAUCUGCCCCAACAACCACGAAGUCCACAUCUACAAGAAAGACGGGGCCAAGUGGAGCAAAAUCCAUGAGCUGAAGGAGCACAGCGGGCUGGUGACCGGCAUUGACUGGGCCCCCGAGAGCAACCGCAUCGUGACCUGUGGAACAGACCGCAACGCCUACGUCUGGACCCUGAAGGGCAGCGUCUGGAAGCCCACGCUGGUCAUCCUCCGGAUCAACCGUGCGGCUCGCUGUGUGAAGUGGUCGCCCAAGGAGAACAAGUUUGCGGUGGGCAGCGGGUCCCGUCUCAUCUCCAUCUGCUAUUUUGAGCAAGAGAACGACUGGUGGGUUUGCAAACAUAUUAAGAAGCCAAUUCGGUCAACCAUCCUCGCCCUGGACUGGCAUCCCAACAAUGUCCUUUUGGCAUCCGGAUCCAGCGAUUUCAAAUGCAGGAUUUUCUCUGCCUACAUCAAGGAGGUAGAAGAGCGACCUUCACCCACCCCUUGGGGAUCCAAAAUGCCCUUUGGGGAGCUCAUGUUUGAGUCGAGCAGCAACUGCGGCUGGGUUCACAGCGUCUGCUUCUCUGAGAGCGGGAACCGCAUCGCCUGGGUGGGACACAACAGCAUCAUCUGCCUGGCGGAUGCUAACAAGAAGAUGGCUGUGGCUUGCCUGUCCGCGGAAACGCUGCCCCUCCUGGCCGUAACCUUUAUUACAGAGAGCAGCCUGGUGGCUGCGGGCCACGACUGUUACCCAAUGCUGUUCACCUAUGACGAGCCGCAAGGUGUGCUGAAUUUCGGAGGGAAGCUGGAUGUCCCCAAGCAAAGCUCCCAGCGUGGCCUGACAGCUCGGGAGCGCUUCCAGAACCUGGAUAAGAAGGCCAGCUCGGACACAGCCAGCGCCACUCUGGAUACGCUCCAUAAGAACAGCAUCACCCAAAUAUCUGUGAUUGGUGGAGGAAAAGGAAAGGCCUCCAAAUUUUGCACCACGGGAAUGGAUGGUGCCAUGUGUAUCUGGGACAUCAAGAGCUUGGAGUCGGCCAUGAAGGACCUCCGCAUCAAGUGAGCGGCUGGGGAAAACGCAGCCACCUUUCUCCCUGCCUUGAGUCCAGGAAGAAGGACCCCGUGGCUUCUUUUGCUGACACUCUUUGCUCCCUCCCUGCGGCCCAGCAAAGCUAGCCAGACAAGGAUGGCCGCUACAAGCUUUGUUGUUUGCUUCUGCCACAUGGGCAAAGGAAUAAAAGACACAAAAUAUGCUGGUCAUA